UCCGGCGCGGCGGCGAGGACCUGGGAGCGGCCGCGGCGCCCGGCUCUUCCCCGCCAGACGGGCCGCACCUGCCCCCGCCGGCCGGCCCCGGCCCGCCGCCCGCUCCCCUGCGGCCCCGCCGCGCGCUUCGGGCACCAUGUCUCGAAGAUAUGACUCCAGAACUACCAUAUUUUCUCCAGAAGGUCGCUUGUAUCAGGUUGAAUAUGCCAUGGAAGCAAUUGGACAUGCAGGUACUUGCUUAGGAAUUCUAGCAAAUGAUGGUGUUUUGCUAGCAGCAGAGAGACGCAACAUUCAUAAGCUUCUUGAUGAAGUCUUUUUCUCGGAGAAAAUAUACAAACUUAAUGAGGAUAUGGCUUGCAGUGUUGCUGGGAUAACUUCAGACGCCAAUGUUCUAACAAAUGAACUGAGACUGAUUGCGCAGAGGUAUCUAUUACAAUACCAAGAGCCUAUUCCUUGCGAGCAACUGGUAACAGCACUGUGUGAUAUCAAGCAGGCUUAUACACAGUUUGGAGGAAAACGUCCUUUUGGUGUUUCAUUGCUGUACAUUGGCUGGGAUAAGCAUUAUGGAUUUCAGCUGUAUCAAAGUGAUCCUAGUGGAAAUUAUGGAGGGUGGAAAGCUACAUGCAUUGGGAAUAAUAGUGCUGCAGCUGUGUCAAUGCUAAAACAAGACUACAAAGAAGGAGAGAUGACCUUAAAGACUGCACUUGCAUUAGCCAUUAAGGUUCUAAACAAAACCAUGGAUGUUAGCAAACUCUCUGCAGAGAAAGUUGAAAUUGCAACAUUGACAAGAGAGAACGGGAAGACGGUAAUAAGGGUUCUGAAGCAAAAGGAAGUGGAACAGUUGAUAAAACAACAUGAGGAGGAAGAAGCAAAAGCUGAACGUGAAAAGAAGGAAAAAGAACAAAAAGAAAAGGAUAAAUAGCAUAUGCAAUCAGGUGUUCUGUAGAUAGUAUAGGACCUGCUUCAGUAAAAGAUAAUCCGGAUUUCUGUUUCGCUGAAUCCUAUGAAUAUGCCAUGGAGGACCCAGAAGUACUCUUGAUGAGCCAGGUCCUUAAUCGUCAUUCAAAUUAGUUUACCACUCCUUACACUGAAUAAUUGCUUUAAUUCUUGAACACUUUCUUUUGUCUCAAUUUUUUAUUAUGGAAUAAAAUUAAGAAGAAGAGUGAUGGGUGUCUUUAUUUCCUCAGUAAUACCUGGAUAUGUACAACCUUGAAAGAAUUAAUUGCUUUCAAAUAUUAAAACAAGGUAUAUGCUAGUUGGUAAAGAAGAAAUACGGUGAUAAAAUUAUUAGAUUUUAUGUGUAUGUGUGACUUUUUCUUCUUAAGUAGUGAAAAGGGCUCCUAAGUUCUGAAAAUCAUUUGUGAGGUGUUUUCACAAAUGCAGAAUUAAAGUGUGCUGGCAUGCCUAGUUUUAAUUUUGGCCGACUUUGUUCUCUUAACAGGCUAUGUCAAGCUGAUGUUCUUAAAAGCAGUAGUGUUUUGAACAUGUUCUGUAGCAAACAUGUUCAGUUUAUCAUAGCCUUUCACCAGUGUAUGUGUUUUCUAAGGAAUUAGUCAUACGCACUAGCUGUAUUCACACGAGUUAGAAAGACAUUUUACAAAGGCCACAUGAAAAUAUUAAACUAUCUAUAUAGUGCUCUUCUCAGCAUACAAAAAGUUAAAUGAUGUGUUUUGGCAUGUUUUUAGGCCAUGUUGACCAUUUUGCAUUUUAUCCUGAAAGGAAGAAGGAAUGUUUUAUAUGCUUUAGUUUAAUGUUGCUGAUAUUUCCCUAAGGAGUUUAAUUCCCUUUUCUAAAAUGUUAUUUGUCAGAGAAUUAACCAAACAGUUAAUGACUUGGGAAAUCAUGGUAUUUGUGUAUAAACUAGAAAUUUAAAUAUUUUUUCAGUUUGUCCCUGUCCCUCUGCUGAAUGCAAAAUUAUUCAUACUGUUUUUGAAUGAACUAAAAUCCCUUCUAGUUCUGAAGAAAAUGAAUCUAGAAUUAGGUUACUGAAACUUAUCUUGCUCCCUUUGGGUUACCAAAAGCAGGCUGAAAGUGUCACCUUAGUUAAAGAUUCUUAAUUGAGGUAGGCUUUAUCAGCUGAACUUCAACUUGUGAUACUUGUGGUUUUGACAUAUUCUUUGUGACUGAGCCUGGAUUAUGUCUAUACUGUAGGAUUUUUUUUUUUUUUACUCCAAAAGAAAUCUGAUGUUUACAGGAUUUAACAUGAUCACUUAAAGAAAUGAACAAAUGCAUACUGUAUAUUACAAUCUACCCCAGACACUUUUAUCUGAUAAAAGGUAUUUUGCCCAAAUGACCAGGAAUUAUCCUUUGUCUGUCUGUCUCUCAAAAAAAAGGGGGGGAGGUAUGAUCUCACUAUUGAAGAAUCUGACUUAAGGUGUCUGUGCUGCAGCUUGCACAGACAUAGCAUGCUCACUCCGUCCGGACAGCGCUGUGAGGUGACGUGGGUUCUGUGCAGGCUGCAGCACCUGCUCGUUCAUCUUGAAAGUCUCAGUGCAGGACAAUUGCUUUAGUCUUUGUACUGUACUUAGACUGUGCAUAACUAAAUUUGUAGUUAAUAUAAGUUAGACUGGGUUUUAUUUGCGCCUUGUGCAAAUGUAGAUCUUUAUUUUCAAAUAGUAACAUAGGAGUGAUACGUCAUGUAACAAGUCCUGAAUAGUUGCAGUCAACAUGCAAUGAGGAAGUUUUAAUUUCUAUUAUAAAGGACUGUUAAAUACCUCAAGCUCUGUUUUUAUAUGUAUUUAAGAAUUUUUCCUUUUGUUUUUUGAUACUAUGAAUGCAAUAUAUCAGCACUCUUGCCGAUUUGUAGAUCAUUCAUGAUGGUUGUUAUGUAAAGUGCUUGAAAUAUGUCCUAAAAGCAGCAGAGCCAAAACGGACUUUUUAAACUUUGUCAGAGAUCACUUGAAAGAAAAUGUGGUAAACUCCAGCAAUGCUUUGUGUACUUGUCUUCUGGCAGUCCAUUAGAGCAGUUAAGUCUGAGUUCAUCAAUGUAUAUAAAUCACACAAGGCAGUCUCUUUAGUGUACUAGUAGAAGUAUUAUUAGAUAGUUUAGGGUACGUAUUUACUGAAAUUUUUUCUUAAAUGAUUCUGUUUCUAACAGUUAAAGAGGGGAAAACAAAUAUUUUUGAGGUUUUGUUUAAAGAAUUACCAGCAAUAUUUCUUUGCCAAACACUGCUUCAUUUGCUGGUAAAGAACCUUUUAAAUACUGUAGUAAUCUAAACUGAGAAUGAUUUAAUUAUCUUUCUAAUCUGUACUCUGUUAUGUAUGGAAACAUAGUGAAAAGCUGUGUAGUUACAUUACAUUUUAAAACAUUUUUAUGUAAAGGUUUUUAUUUACAAAAAAAUAUUGUGAAAUAUUUUAAGAGUGUAAUCUCUGAACAAUAAUUAUCAGUUUAAUUCAAAAAGUGCUGACUCCACUGAGUGCCAUUACUAGCUUAUUGUGAGAAGAGUCUCACUACUGCCUUGGAAUAGACAAGUAACUGUAACACUUCCAAUAUGCUGUACAGCAACUGGCACUCAUCUAAGAUGUACAGUAAUGUUUUAAACUAGAUUUAAUUUUUGAUUCUUGGCUAUAUUUGAACCUAGGACAGUAAACAGAUGCUGGAGAUCUUUUAUUGACUAGAAUCUUCUGGGGAUAUCCUUACACUAAUUCAAGUUUCCUACCUGUUUUUCCUAGGAAUAGAGCAGUGUUUGACUGCGUAGGCCUAUUGUGUAGUUUCUAGCUUUGUGUAAAAAAAAAAAAAAAAAAAAACAAACAAAAAAAAAAAAACACACCAUACUGCCUGUGCCUUUUCUGGGAGUAACUUGGGGAUAAGUCGUAAGAACAGAAAAAUGAUUUUGGCGAUAUGUUUGAGUUGUCUUUGCUAAUCAAAAUGAUCUUCCUAUUCUUUGUAUGUUUAUUUUUGGUGUAUGUAGUGGGAAGAGUUUAUAGUAUGUUACUUAAGUAUUUCAACUAUUUAGCUGUUGCUGUGGAUUAAAUGUUAUUUUAACACCAGAACUUCAUGUGGUGCUGUGGAAGGUGACAGAUUUUUCAAAUUAGGUAACAGUAUUUACUUGAAACUGCUUGCAUAAUAAGUUGUUAGUAAAUUUAAAGACUGGAUAGUUUAUAUCUCAUUUGAAUGCAUGAUAGAACUUGUUAGGACAAGUAUUCACUAAUAAAUUGUCCUAAAACUGUAAUGUAUUUUGUUAUUCUAAGUAGUUUAAGAGAUAUAAUGAAACUAUGCUUCUCCAGUAAUAUGUGUGUUGUCUCUUGCAUCUGUCAUUGUUAAAGUCAGCUUGUUCUCUAGAUGAUUAUACUCUGUUCAAAUAAAGUCAAAUUAACUUUUAAGGCUACUUCA